CCCCCCCCCCCUCAGUGAGACGGGAAUAAAGGGUAUUGAACCUCGGGAGGGAAACGCAAAGCUUUUUUUCUUGAUGCUGGAAAGAUGGAGAAGUGAGGGAGCGGCAGAAACAAACGGCGUUUGAGGUCGUGAACCACAGAGGUUGGCUGGAAAAAGUUGCUGAAAGGUAAACCAGAAGGAUCGUUUUUCCUUGGAUUGUUCUGAAAGGAUUUUGACGAGACGCCGGAGCUGCCGUCUCUUCUUGACCUCUGACACCUGAGUAAUUACCGGCCCGUGUUGGCGGGAGUGAAGCCAGCGGAUUCCCGUUGUGGAUUUACUGUCGGUCUGGAGUGGAAGGAUUUCUGCGUGGAUCUGAGACUCCCACGUCCGGCCGCCAGGGUUGGAGCUUUGGUGGACGUCCAUGCCAGAAGCACUCCAACACGCAUUGUUAAAGUCAUUAUCACACCACCCACUUCAAUCCACGGCCGUGAGGAGACACGGCUCCGUCACGCACACACACUUCCACAGUAGCUCCCGGCAGGAAUGGAGGUGGUGUGGAAAGGUGGAGGGUUUUAGGAGUCCCCCAUCCACCCCCCAGGUCCAAAUGGAUGUUAUUACCUGUAAGCAUGUGCAGCUCUCCAGCGGUUGAAAGCUUUCUGCUGCGAUUUUCUGAGAGGGACGUUCCGGCGCUCUGAGACCGCCACCUUCUGCAUUAUCUUCAGCCCUCACUUCACCGCCAUCAUUUUCUCCAACGGGUCUCUGGGGACCCCCCGGCGCGCUCCGCGCCCCGCCGUCCCCUCCGCCCUGGAGGGGAGGGGGUCACUGGAUUGGAGCAUGAGCGGGUGUCAUUAUCCCUCGCCGCCGGGACCGGAGCGGGAGCGCAGAUACCAGCACAAGGUGUCCCUGGUGGUGCGCUACUUCAUGAUCCCCUGCAACAUCUGUCUGAUCCUGCUGGCCACGUCCACCCUGGGCUUCGCCGUGCUCCUCUUCCUCAAUAACUACAAACCUUCUCACUUCACCCCGACUCCCGUCGAUGGCUGCAGGGGAAUGCUGUGUGGCUUCGGCGCCGUGUGCGAGCGCGACCCGGCCGACCCGGCGAAGGCCGACUGCGUCUGUAAGAAGGGGGACUGUCCGUCCCUGGUGGCUCCCGUCUGCGGCUCCGACUCCUCCACCUACUCCAACGAGUGCGAGAUGGAGAGAGCCCAGUGCAAAGCACAGCGGCGCAUUAAGGUGCUGCGCAGAGGGCCCUGCUCUCUGAAGGAUCCCUGUGCAGAGGUGACCUGCAGCUACGGCAGCACCUGCGUCCAGUCCUCUGAUGGCCUAGCCGCCAAAUGCAUGUGCCCGCUCGGCUGCGACGGCAAAGCCGGUGAGACGGUCUGCGGCAGCGAUGGAAACGACUACCCCAGCGAGUGCGAGCUCCAUCAGCACGCCUGCAAGAACCAGAAGAACAUCCGCGUGCAGCACCUGGGACCCUGCGACCCGUGCAAAGACGCUGAGAACAGCCUGAACGUCCUGUGCCGGGUGGAGGCCCUGACCCGAAGGCCCCUGCUCUACAGCCCGCCGGAGUCCUGCCCUCCAGGCGACGAUCCGCUGUGUGCCAGCGAUGGCCACACCUACCCCAACGAAUGCCACAUGACGGCAACCGGCGUCCAGAAAGGCAUCAAGCUCCAGAAGAUCCACGCGGGACAGUGCAGGAGGCUCGACGAAUGCCAGGACGAGUGUCUGUUCAACGCCGUGUGCGUGGUGGAGCCGGAGGGCCCCCGCUGCUCCUGCGACCCCCUGGAGUGCGACGACACCUACAAGCCCUUGUGUGGCAGGAACGGGCGCACAUACACCAACGACUGCUUGAGGCGCAAAGCGGAAUGUGAGAUGAAGACCCUGAUCUCCAUCAGGUCCCAGGGGCCCUGUGAUCUCAACACGCCGAGUCCGUGCCUGGAUAAGGUGUGCAAACACGGGGCAGUGUGCGUGGUCAAGAACAACGAACCCGUGUGCGAGUGCCCCGAGGCCUGCCAGCUGACCUCCGACCCCGUGUGCGGCUCCGAUGGACACAGUUACGGCAGCCCCUGCGAGAUGAGAGCCAUGGGUUGCGCCUUCCAGAAGACGAUCCAUAUUCAACACAAAGGCCUAUGUGAUGAAGCGUGCGCCAACUGCUCCUUCGGGGCGAUCUGCGACCUCCAGAGCAAACGGUGUGUGUGUCCGUCCGAGUGCGUGAAGUCCCGGCAGCCCGUGUGCGGCAGCGACGGAAACACCUACGACAGCGAGUGCGAGCUCCACGUGAAGGCCUGCACGCAGCAGACGGACCUGCAGGUGGUCAGCCAAGGAGCCUGCAAAACGUGUGGACCCACGGUUUGUGCCUGGGGGGCCCUGUGUGUCCAAAACAAGUGCGAGUGCCAACAGUGCGUCGGCGAGGCUCUCUCGCCGCUGUGUGGGAGCGACGGCAAAACUUACGACAACGAGUGCGAACUUCGCCGCUCCUCCUGCCUCCAGAACAAGAAAAUUGAUGUGGAGAAGGACGGCAGCUGUGAUGAAGACUGCGGCUCGGGGGGGUCGGGCUCAGGCGCAGAGAGCUGCGAACAGGACCGCUGUCGCAAGUACGGAGGCACGUGGGACGAGGACGCGGAGGACGACCGCUGCGUCUGCGACUUCAGCUGCGAGAGCGUGCCUCACAACGCGGUUUGCGGUUCCGACGGGAAAAACUACAGCAACGAGUGCGAGCUGAAGAAGGCUGGAUGUGACCGGCGAGAGUUGGUCUCCAUUCAAAACCACGGCCCCUGUGCAGCGCUCUCAGCUGUGACCCCGACGGCGCUGACGGCAGCCCAGCACUGCAGCCAGUCUGCGCACGGCUGCUGCUCCGACAACGCCACGGCCGCCUUAGGAGCGGGGCAGGCGGGAUGCCCCAGUACUUGUCAGUGUAACCUGUACGGCUCCUACAAGGGAACAUGUGACCCCGCCACGGGGCAGUGCUCCUGUAAGCCCGGCGUCGGGGGGCAGAAGUGCGACCGCUGUGAGCCGGGCUUCUGGAACUUCCGUGGGAUCGUGACGGAGAACAUGAGUGGAUGCACACCGUGCAGCUGCGAUCCCGUGGGCUCGAUCCGGGACGACUGCGAGCAGAUGUCGGGCCUGUGCUCCUGUAAGACGGCGGUGAAGGGCCUGAAGUGCAACGUGUGUCCGGAUGGAAGCAAGAUGGGCAUGAACGGCUGUGACAGCGGCCCGGAGGCCCCCGGCUCCUGUGCAGACCUGGUCUGCGGGUUUGGAGCCACGUGCAUUGUGGUCAACGGUCAGGCCCACUGCGAGUGUCCGUCCCCCGACUGCGACGUCAAGAACAAAACCAAGGUGUGCGGCUCGGACGGAGUGACCUACGCUGACCAGUGCCAGCUGAAGACCAUCGCCUGCAGGCAGGACAAGGACAUCCUCGUCGCUCACACCGGACAGUGCACAGAAUCCAUCUUCGAACCAGCAGACCCCCACCCCCCCACCACACCGAGCUCAACCGUCCCAGCCGCCGCCAUCACCACCCCCGCCCCCUUCAACCCUGACAAUGUGUGGGCCGUCCCGCCUCCGAUGACGGCAUUCACCGAGUGGGCGUCGACCGCCACCGCCCUUCCCACCCACAGCAGCGCCCGCCACCCCAUUCACACCCAGCCUCAGGCGCUGCAGCCCACCACGGCAGCAUCCAUCAUAACCUCCCUCUCUCACAGCAGCCCCGCCCCCGCCGCGGCUGCAGUGACCUCCUUUGAGGGCUCGGGCAGCGGGGAGCCGAGCGGAGACGACCUGGAGGAGAGCAGCGGCGGCGGCGUCCCGACAGAGGCCAGCGGGGCGGACGAUUCUGUCGGUACGGCUGCGGCUGCAUCCACACCCAUCGCCGAGAAAAGCUGCGACAACACCGAGUUCGGCUGCUGCCCUGACGACCAGACGCCGUCCAGCACCCCGGAGGGCGCCAACUGCCCCCCUACCAUGAUGUACGGCGGCUUCCUGCACCUGGACCAGGUGGAAGGCCAGGAGAUCUUCUACUUGCCAGAGAUGAACGACACAAAGUCUGAGCUGUUUGGAGAGACGGCGCGCAGCAUAGAAAACGCUCUCAACGAUUUGUUCAGGAAGUCGCAGGUGCGCAAAGACUUCAUGAGUGUUCGCGUCCACAAACUGGCUCCCAGCAACUCCAUCGUGGCCAUCGUGGAGGCCCACUUCAGACCAGACACGCGCUUCACGGCGGACGACAUCAUGGAGGCUCUGCUGAAGCAGCUGAAGGCCUCCAAGGACACCAGCAUCUCCGUCAAGAAGCCAGAGGGGAAAAACAUCCACUUCAGCAGUUCUGGUUUGUCCUCCGUCCCCGUCUUCACCACCACCACCGCCGCGGCUGUCACCAUACUCCCCCCCACCACCACCACCACCAGACGCCCACUGAAGAGUCGGGUCACCACGCACAGGCCCGCCACCAGCAGACGCACCACCACAACAGCGGCGCCGUCGACCACAACGCCGCUCCUCACCACCACGUCCCGCGUCAGAGGCGGGAAACUCGCCCCCAAGACCCAGAGGCCCUGCGACUCCCACCCCUGCCUCCACGGGGGCACCUGCGAGGACGACGGCAGCACCUACAGCUGCAGGUGUCCCGCCGGGCGGGGAGGGCCCGUGUGCGAGAAAGUGAUGAAAUACUUCAUUCCAUCCUUCGGGGGCCAGUCCUACUUGGCGUUUCCUACAAUGAAGGCGUACCACACGGUCCGGAUCGCCAUGGCCUUCAGGGCCUCGGAGAUGAACGGCGUCCUGCUCUACAACGGCCAGCGAGGAAGCAAGGACUUCAUCUCUCUGACUCUGGUCAACGGAAAGGUGGAGCUCAGGUUCAACACGGGCUCAGGCACCGGCACCUUGACCAGCAAGGUCAAGGUCAGUCAGGGACACUGGCAUCAAGUGGAGGUCACACGGAACCGCCGGAACGGCGUCCUCAGCGUCGACGGCGAGCCCGACGUCCAGGGCGAGAGCCCGCACGGCACCGACGGCCUCAACCUGGACACGGAGCUGUUCAUCGGAGGCGUGACGGAGGAUCUGAAGCAGGACGUGACUGCGAGGACGGGGGUCAGCGCAGGCCUGGUGGGCUGCAUCCGCAUGCUGGACGUCAACAACCGCAUGCUCAACCUGCAGGAGGACGGCGGCGACAGCCUCUUCGGGAGCGGAGUGGGCGAGUGCGGGAACAACCCGUGCGAGCCCAACCCCUGCAAGAACGGCGCUCAGUGCCAGGUCAAGGAGGCGGAGAUGUUCCAGUGCAAGUGCAGCAAAGGAUUCUGGGGAACCCUCUGCGCAGACGUCCGGGACCCGUGUGCAGCCAGCAAGUGCCACGCCACAUCCCAGUGCCAGGUUUUACCAGAGGGAGGGUACAAAUGCGUGUGCCCCAUGGGGCGGGAAGGCCGGCACUGUGAGAAAGUUGCAGAGAGGAGAGGGGCUUACAUGCCCACGUUCAACGGAGACUCAUACCUGGAGCUGAAGGGGCUGCAUCUCUACGGGCACGAUCUGCGUCAAAAGGUCAGCAUGAUGGUGGUCCUCAUGGCAAACGACUCCGACGGUUUGAUUUUCUACAACGGCCAGAAGACGGACGGGAAAGGAGACUUCAUCUCUCUGGGGUUAAACAACGGGAUUCUGGAGUUUCGCUACGACCUGGGAAAAGGGCCAGCGAUCAUCAGGAGCAAGGCGCCCCUCCCACUGAAGGUGUGGAACACCAUCAACCUGGAGCGCUCCCUCCGCAAAGGAGAGAUCCGGAUAAACGACCAGCAGCCCGCCCGUGGAGAGUCACCCAAGAAAUCACGCAAGGCCGUCCACAGCGACCUCAACCUGAAGGAGUCUCUGUUUGUGGGUGGAGCUCCCGAUUACAGCAAGCUGGCGCGAGCCGCCGGACUCACUGAAGGCUUCAAGGGAACCGUCCAGAAGAUCAUGCUGAUGAGCGAUCCCGUCCUCAAAGAGGAGAACGCCCUGAGCUCCAGCAACGUGGCCAUGUUCCAGGGUCACCCGUGCUCCCAGGAGCCCUGCCAGAACGGCGGCCGCUGCAACCCCAUGCUGGCGACCUACGAGUGCUCCUGCUUCCCCGGUUACGUGGGCGACAACUGCAGCGUGGCCAUCCACGAGAAGUCUGCCGGAGAGACGGAGGCCGUCGCCUUUGAUGGACGGACGUUCAUCGAGUACCACAACGGCGUCACAAAGAGCCAACUGACCAAUGAGAUCCCAGAUCCUGAGUCUGUGGACAACCCGUCUGACCAGAGUGAGAAAGCUCUGCUGGUGAACAAGUUUGAGCUGAGCAUCCGGACGGAGGCCACGCACGGCCUGCUGCUGUGGAGCGGCAAAGGGGUGGAGCGCUCGGACUACAUCGCCCUGGCCAUCGUGGACGGACGCGUCCAGAUGACCUACGACCUGGGCUCCAGGCCCGUGGUGCUGCGCUCCUCCGUGCGCGUCAACACUAACCGCUGGAUACACAUCAAAGCCAGCAGAGCUCUUCGGGACGGCUUUCUACAGGUCGGCAAUGAGGCGGCCGUGACGGGGUCCUCGCCGCUGGCCGCCACGCAGCUGGACACGGACGGAGCUCUCUGGUUAGGUGGUCUGGAGGAGCUGGCAGUGGCCCGCCGGCUGCCCAAGGCCUACAGCACCGGCUUUGUCGGCUGCAUCAAGGACGUGGUUGUAGACGGCGUGGAGCUCCACCUGGUGGAGGACGCCCUGAACAGCCCCAAGAUACUACACUGUUCCGCCGCCAAAUAGGCCGGCAGAGACAAAAUGCUGCGAGAAACGGAAAAGAAAUAACCCCCCCAUCUGCUCCCUACAUAGCGCCCAUGUCUCCUGCUGUAAUUAUUUUCUAUUUUUGUAUACUUUUCACCGCUUUUUAUAUGGAAAAAUAAAUACAUUGUUUUGGGGUUUUAUAUGUUUUGCUAUUUUUUUUUCUUUUCCAACCUGCAUCUCCAUUUGCAGUUACUUUCAUGACCCUGUGACCUUUUCCACCCAAAGAUCCGCUCUGAGGGAAACCUUCCGUUUUUUUUUCUUCCUCUCAUUACUUGAACACAGCGGACCGGGCUGAGCCGUUUCCGGUGACCCGCCGGUCCUGGUGCCAUAUCUAGCCGUCACAUUCCUCCAGCAUGGCCCCGUUCAUGAAGACGUGCGUUCCCCUGAGAGCCCCAGUGGUCCUCUCCCUCCACAGCGCCGACCCCCCCUCCCCACAUUAUCUAGUCCACUCUAUUUUCCUAAUGAGACUUUCUGAAAGACCGCUGGAGCUGCUACCGAGAGCGAGCGACCAAAUCCAAACCGCUCCAUCGUCCCACGGAACGGACGCCACUCCCAUCAGAGCCUUUAGUUUUGAAAUCUGACUCACUAACACGACGGCGUGAUGGAGAGAGCAACGCUUUUCCCACGGACUCGUGUGGCAUUCAUUAGUCAUCAAUCAAGAAAUGAAUCAUAGAUACAAAUAAAUGUUCUAAAUAUAGACUAUAUAAAUCUGAGACUGUGAAUAUGUGAGAUGGGUUUUCUUUGGAGAGCUGAGUGAUUCUCAUGUAGUGUUGUGCGUUUUAUUCUGCAAUCAGCUCAUGUUGACAUUAGAAAUGCAUGGACUUCUGGGUUCUUAUUUGAACUUCUGGACAUUUUGGUUUCAAUCAAAACUCAUUCUGAUAUGAAAAAUGUCACAACAUUUAACCUUUUUCCUUUUUUCUCUGAUGUGAUUUCCUAAAGUUUUGGUUUGCUGUAUUUUCUUUGGGAGCAGUUAGUUUUGCAGGAACUUGAGAGGAGCACAAGGGAAGAGUUUGUACCGUUUCUGACCUAAGGGUGGCGCUAAAAGCAAAAAACUGAAGAGGAGGACAGACAGAGGAAGGGGAGAUCUUAUCAUGAGGGGAGCUGCUGCACUCAGGAAAGUCCUGGCAAAUAAUCAAUCAGGUGUCGAUACAGAGACUAUAAAAGGCUAUAAAAAAGUCCAGCUUUUUUUUUUCUGUUCCUGAAGGAACUUUUUUCUCGGCUGUUGAAAGAGAGGAGAGAGACAGAGACUGGUGUGUUCUUCUGACACUUUGAAGCCAUAACAGCCGCAAAAAGACAAAAAAGAAAACAUGCGAAGAUACAUAAUCCUAUGGCAAACUAACAUAGCAGCGCAUGAGUUUUUAUUGCUGGUGUGAAUUCUUUCACUUUGGGUGGACUGUUGCAAUGUUGUCGCCUCCGCCAAAUGCAAUAAGCUGAGAUGACCUAAAGAAUCUUUGUAUUAAUAUGAGAACCAUGGCAAUAUCUGAGAGAAACGUCAUGCCUGUCGGUGGUUACGUAUCAAACAGUCUUUUAUGUUCCUGAACCAUCCAGCAUUUGUUUUGUACAGCCCUGUAAUUUGUAAGUGUAAAUUUAGCAAACGUGUGAUCCGUGGAGGUUUCUGUUUUUUUUUUUAGUAUCAUACACUGGAACCCAGUCGGACUUGUCUGCUCGCACGCAGAUCCAUGCGCUUGUGGGAGACGGACGACCUGGAAGCUUUAGCUUUGCGUUGAGUAUUAACUCUGGACACGCCUCAUUGUAACCCUCCAUCCUCUAGAUCUGACCCACCCGGGGUACUGAAAGGAGGAGUCCUGAGCCUGCAGUCUGUGGUUUGGAUGGAAACAAUGAAAUGCCUUACAAACAUGUCACCUGGACUGAGCAAAUCCAUGUAUCCAGUGUAUAAACCUCACCCUGAUAAUGUAAAUGAGUAAUUAUAAUAACCAUGUUAUCAGUAAUCCUGAGAAUAAGAAAUGACCCCAAAAGGCUUCUUUUUUUACAAAAACUUCUAUCUACUGUUUUUGAAUCUGUUUCCUGGUCUUUAUUUAUGUCUUCAUGUUGAUGACCUUCACUGUCUGACCUCUGUAAACUACUGUCUGGCUGUGCAGACCUCAUCAGAAGGCGCGGCACCGCUUAACGAGUGGCAUGACCUGAACAUUACUAACUUUUUGUCUUGUGUUCCUACCACCAUGAAAUAAAACGUCAACCAAACAGAA